ACCAAUAAAAGGAAGAAGGCGGCCAGUUUGGCGGAUGCAUCAAACCGCGCUCGAUUUGUGCUCGUCCGUUGGCUGGCCGUCGAUCGUGCCCUUUUUCAAAAAAAGAUGGCAAGCCAAAUGCUAAAGGACUGCGGCACCAAUCUAUGGUUCUGCCUCCUCGCGCUGGGCUUUGAGCCAGAGCGGCAGUUGCGGCUCUUCGCGCGCGACUCCAAGCACAUCAAACUGGGAGCGGAUAUGUUCGACAAAGCCAACAAGUACGCCUUCCUGAUUGUCGUCCAAUUCCUGUUGCAGACGCUCGAUCCUCCGCGAUUUCAAAAGGCAUUCAAAUUUUGCUGGCCUCCCAAUAAUGCUAAACAAGAUGCAGAGUUUCGCAAAGAGACCCGCGCUUGGCUGCAAGAAAUCAUGGUUGAAAGUGGAUUCGUCGGCCCCAAAGUGUUGGCGUCAUCGUUGGUCUCGCCCGGAGGCCCCAAAUUCAUCGGCUUGAUGGUGCAUUUAGUCAAGCACGUCAUGCGGCGGGAAAUGAAAACCUACACCAAAGACGAGAGCUGGGUCGUCGACGUCGUCUUCAAACCGACGUCUUCGCGCCACAUGGCGCUGAGGAGAUGCCGCGUGGCCCAGAAAAAGUUCUUGGAGCAGGUGGCGCACCACGGUCGCUUUUUCCUGGACGUGCAGAAAAAAGUCCAGAGCCACGCGGAUACCAUGCGAGACCUCCGGGCCGAGAGUCAAAAGUAUGACGAGCUACUCGAACAGAACGGCGGCAAGUCUGUCCGAGAGGAUUUUGCCGAUAAAGCCCAAAUGGUGGCACGCCUGUGGGCGACCGUGGACGGAAUGCUGGCGAUGACCGAGGCGGAGCGCGAGGUGCUGGAGUGCGUGCUCGGAGGAGAAGUGGAUCGCUACGCGCUAGCCGGCCGCCCCCUGCGCGUUUCUCGUGGCCUGCUGGAGCGGCCCUCGCGGCGGCGGUUGAGCUCGGGGAACGCCGACGAGGCCGCUCAGCUGAACCUCCUGCGGCUCUUGGAGCUGAUGAACCACUGCCUGCGCCUCCUGCGGGAGGAGCCGUGUGGGGGCUCCUCCUCGCCGCAGCUCAGCCUGCCGCAGUUGCAGCAAAUCCAGCGGCAGAUGGCCCGCCAGCUGCAGAACUCAAAGCUCCUCAGAGUGAAGAUUUCCCAGGAGGAAAUUCCCAAGAUGAGGGGCGCCAUCGGAGAGCUGGAAGCGGCGUUGGACAGCAAGUGGGCCGGCGUACUAACAGGCAAAUCUUUAGUGUCCUUGCUCGACGGCGAUCCGGUACUCGCUCUUCUUUCGCCAACGGCUCGUCUGCCGUUUGAAGCGGCGCGCGACCAAAGUGAUGCCAGUUGCGUCUUCUCCAAGUUUCCCGCCAAGCUCCCCGACGGCUGCGCCGAGUCCUCAGGGCGUCAAGUAAGCGGCGAUCUCUGGCAACUGAAGAGCGCCCGACGCCCGGCGGCAGAAGACCAGGGCGCCUUUGGGCUCGCCGACUCGACCGGACUCGACUCCUCGCUCGACCGGCUCGUCGAUGGGAAGACUCCACCCGGGAGGCCGCAGUUUGCAGAUAUCGUAAGCGCAAGCGGUCCAACGCGAGACGGCGAGGCGGGUUCCGACCCGGGCGCAAUGCGAGGUUGCUUCCGCCGAGACCCCUUCGCCAGCAUAGAGCAGCGUCCCCGCACGCCCGAGACCUUGAUCGUGGACAUGGAGAGCUCCCGGCGACAGGCCCUGCGUGAAGACGACGGAGACUCAGACGGCGGCGUGUUGCCGUGGCGCACUCCUUCCUCCGGCCAGCGGCAGUUGUUUUGGGGCUCCUUCCUCCAGCAAGAAACUCUGCCCAGCUACGACAGUCUGCUGAGCCUCGACGACACCGCAGAGGAAGAAGAGCCCUUCCCCUGCCCGAACGCGGCCGACGAGACGCCGGCGGAGGCGUGCCGGGACGGCUCGCCCGAGCGCCCUCGCCCGGCCCGCGACCUUUUGGUCGCUCCAGCGCUUUUUCCCUCUCCGCUCAUCUCCUUCUCACCUUGAAUCUGACAAAAGUAAAAAUUGGAUGAAAGUCAGACAUUGCUUUUCAACCAUGCUGGAGCAGAGCGAACAUGUAUUAAUUUGUGGUUGAACUGACUCUUUUCGAUGUCAUUGUUAUCUGUAAAGUGCUUUGUUGCAGCUUUUUAACGCAAUAUAAAUAAACUUGUUAUCACU